AUGCAUGCAUCAACUCCGUUUCCGACAUGGCAUCGACCGUAUCUCGCAUUAUUUGAGCAAGUUUUAUGGUCGCAUGCUCAGGCUAUUGCAGAGGCAUAUCCAGAGAAUCAACGAGAGCGCUAUCGCGCCGCGGCGUUGACAUUGCGUAUUCCAUAUUGGGAUUGGGCAAUCCAUCCAGCAAUGCCUGAUGCAACAACACAACCAUAUAUCCAAGUAAAUACUCCAUUCGGAGUUCAGGAUAUCCAAAAUCCCCUAUAUCAGUAUAUUUUUCAAGCGAACGCUACAGGAAAUGGUUUCCCUCCGAGCAAUCCCUUGGCAAACAUGCCGACGACUGUUCGUUGGUGGAAAGCGACUACACAGUCAAGCGACCAGGGGGCGGCAACAGCAGCAUUGGAGGCGAAUGCUGCAACAAUACUAUCUCUGACGUAUCAGCUAUUUACAAUGACAACAAACUACACGGAGUUUUCCUGCAGUUCGCCGGGAGGUCGAUUCGUCACGGCGAAUAAUGUCGAGAGCAUUCACAACAGUAUCCAUAACAGUAUUGGAGGCUACGGUCACAUGCAAUUUCCCGAGGUCUCAGGCUUUGAUCCCACUUUCUGGCUUCAUCAUGCCAAUGUCGAUCGCCUAUUUGCCAUGUGGCAAGCAGUGUACCCUGAAAGCUACAUGAUUCCCACUGUGAAUACAUAUGGUUCGUACUACGAGCUUCCGGGCACUGUUGACUCGGGAACAUCAGCGCUGGCACCUUUUCAUUCCAACCAGGAUGGCAAUCGUUUAUGGACAUCGGAUGAAGUUCGCGAAUUGAAAACAUUCGGUUACAGCUACCCAGAAGUGCCGGACUGGAGCAUGACUCCAGAACAACUCAAGCGGAAUGUGCAAACCUAUGUGAACUCGUUGUAUAAUCCGAAUUUGAACACGACGAGGGUUUGGGCAGCGAGAGACUUGCAGAAGAAAAGCGUCAAUCUGGCUCAAUCAUUCGGCACCGUGACGCUUGAUAUGGCCCAGGGCCUAAGAGUGAACAGCCUCAAAGAACAAUAUUCCAUUACAGUUGUGGUCGACCGAUUUCCGACCGAGUCGAGCUUUGUCAUCGACUUUUUCAUGGGAAGUGCUCCCGAGGACAUUUCCUCCUGGGCAACGGCACCGAACUUGGUGGCAACAUAUGCUCAAUUUGGACCAGCCAAUGUGACAGCACUGCAUCCCGAUGGAUACCCUUCCGGUCAGAUAUCAGGGGAGAUAUCAAUAACACAUACGCUGGCAGCAGGUGUUGCCAGAGGCAUUAUUCCCAAUCUAAUGCCUAAGCAUGUGAUACCGAUCCUGCAUGAUGGGCUCAACUGGAGAGCUCGCAGUCCGUGGGGUACUGAAGUUCCAUUGGAAGAGCUGUCUGGGCUUUCGAUAUCGGUAUCAAGCCGAACAGAGGUGUCGAGUGACGCAAGGGAUGGAUUUCCAUCGUAUGGACCAGUGGUGUGGCAAGGAUCAGUGGUCCGUGGCAAACCGUGUGGCGCAGUGAGACCAUAUGGAUUCAACCACUAG